AUGGGUAACAAGUCCAAAUUCACCUUCCCAGUUCCGGGACGCUCGAGCAACAAGCAACAACAGGUACCGGCGCUGUCCAUCUCAACCCCCCUGUCCAAGGCGCAGAGGAUACUAGGGACCGGUGGCAUCAACAUCGACUCUCCCCAAUCAGCAAAGGAGCCGAACCGGUCUUGGGAGACGAGCUCGAAUGGCGGCAUCAGCAUCUCCAUAUCCGAGAGCGAGGCCAGCCUAUCUACAGCCGAGACGGGCUUUGGCGCCGUGGACGAAGAUGAGACACCCGAAACCAGCUACGGCAGAGGAAUUUGGGAGCAAGAGUCGGAGAUUAUACCGCGGCAGUUACAGAGCGCUCAUGGGCCUAGCAAGCCUCGUCGAGGUCUGACACCGAAGAGGUCUGCUGUCACUAUUGGUGAAGACUACCGGGAUGGCAUGACAGAUGAUUCUUUUGCGCGCCGGCGCAUGUCCACGUCAACCGUCUGGACACAUUAUGAGUCCGCUAAGAUGCCUCUUGCGAUAUCUCAGCAGACGUCCAACUCGGCCAUGGCAAAGGGUCUUCCAUCAAAAGCCAGCAGACUGAUGGACAUGGAUGGCCCCGUGACAGACUCUGAGAUCAAAAAGAAGAAGCCUUCGAGAUUAGAUUUCUCCAUGUUGAGGUCCAAGAAUCGAAAGGCCAGGAAAGAGAGUUGUACUCCCGAGGUCCCGCCCGUUCUCGGGAACAAUUAUGUUACGAGGUCACCGUCUGUCGUAUCACCAUUUGGCGACCCCCCGCUGGCUUCACCAUCAUACUCCGAAAGCAAUUCACAGACUCCGCGGAAUCUCACGAAACAACAGUCACCCGCUACUCAUGGUAUACCAGCUAGAACGAGUGUCCAACCGAGGGGCACAAAGGAUGCUGCGGGCCUACAUCAACUUUAUAGCCACUAUGAGCAGAUGUCGUUCCGAGAUUCUCCAACAUUCGAGGAGGAGGGGGAGGAGGAGGAAGAAGAGGAACAGAAGGAGGUGCAACAGCCCGAAAAUCAAUUUCUGGAACCUCGCACAUACCAGCCAUCCCUCAACACGUUCCAGCCGUCACUGAAAGGAUCUGCCCGGUCUCGAGAUUUCAUCACGCCGCUGCCACACCCACCGAGCAGGGAUCGCAACAUCGCAUGGGGUCAUUCUCGAGAUGACUCACAUGACAGUAAGGCAACUGCAACAAGAUCCGAGGCGCAAAGUGCGCCACAUGCACGUCCAACUUCAAGGAAGGACUAUGCAACGAGUGUGUCGAGCCGUCAUACUCGUACAUCAAGGGCGUCACCAUCAGCCAGGAGUAUCCUGAGCUCAGACAGGCAAAACAAUAGCGUCCUCUCGCUAUCCGACACAUCAUCAGAUGAAGAAGACCAGGCCAACGAGUGUGUGCCCAGUGCAUCUCUACUGCACCAGAGUAACUCAUCUCGUGACGAUCUGAGUAUGUCAUCUGGUCACAGACAGUGUGGCGGCGCUCGACCGGCCGCUGCUCACCCCAGAGCGACAAACCACGCUGGGGAUGCAACUUUGACACAACAUAACGACUAUCUAACCAUCCCCCAGGCCCUCCCAAAGACUCGGACUGGGCGUUCAUUUUCAGGCAGCACAUCAGGCUCUAGGAAUUCGACUAUCAGUACACUUCAACCCCGCCACCCUCCCGUUCCAUCCGCACAAGAUCGACGGCGCUCUUCUCCCCGAACUUUUGAGACGACGGACUCGAUAUCACCCCGCCAGUCCGGCUUUGGGGUCCAGGAGGCGAGGGUGGUCUCGUUCAUGCCACUGAGCUUGACAGCUGAGGCCGCGUCAAGAGUCACGGUACCGGACACACCCAGCCAUCUAGACCAGAUACUAUUCCGCAAUACAAAUAACCGCACAUCGAAUAAUUCUCACGGCUCGGACCAGCCUACUCCACCGCUAUCGCCCAACAGUGUGGAAUUCUGCAUAGGACGACCGGGAUCGUCCUUACACAAGCGCCCGAUGGCUGUCACACCUGCCGAAGCAGCGCACAACGCACGCAUGAUGGCUGUAACGAAGCAGGAGGAGAUGCUACUCGCUGCACUGCGUAAGAAGAGGGCUAGAAUGUGGGAGAACAUCAUCGCCGAGAUUAAGGAAGACAGGAGUAGUCGGGCCGGCGGAUCGUCAAGCGGCUGCAGUGGCAGCGGAGGAAGCGACGACAAGAUUCUGACGUCCGCAUCGCCGAACACGAAAGUCAAUCCCACGGGUUUCCCGACGCGAAAAUCCUCACUCGUAGGACGCGGCGACAAGCGGAACGGCCACGGCCACGAGCGGCAGCACGACCAUCAUGCUGAUGGAGCUCCCAAGGUUGGUUUACCGCCGAUACCCAGCCACGCCCACCCGGAGACCAAGGUUGCACACCCCAACUCAACCCCAAACAUAGGCCUCGCCAGCACGAGUCCCGAGCCUCCGCGCCACGAGCGCGUGCUCCUGUACCUCGACCGGCCGCUCAAUGGCGUCGACCCCAUCAACGACACGGCCGAGCCGAGCCCGGACAUCAGCGAGUUCCAGUUCUUCGACAGCGAGUACGCGCACAACAACAACGACGGGCGGCGCUCACGCACACCCUCGCGUAUGGUCAGCACGUACCACCACUACAACAGCAAGCGCGGCAGCGAGCGGCCGCGGCCCGACUCGAGCCCCGUCAGCCCGCGCAGCUCGCCGCUGGGCCUCGCGUUUGGGUUUCCGAAGCCGCAGUCGACGAUCCUAAAGGAGGUGCCCGAGUUCAACGAGGCGGAUGAGGAUGGCCGUGGUCAUGGCUACCGGGAUGAUGUUGAUGUUGAUGAUGAUGUGGAUGAUAUGGACUUUGACGACUUCGACGAUGUCGGUGGCGGCAUCCAGCACGAGCACGACCACCGGCCGCACGGCGAACAGCCGCAGCUGCCGAACGGGCAGGACAAGGGCGUCGCGAGGCCGGAUAGUCCCGUCUCGCCUGGUCUGCUGCACCCGUCGAGCGCGAAGCAUGUGCGCAGUAAGAAGAGCACGGUCAGACUGAGCGCGGUUGGGCAGGCUAGUUCUUCGAUGCCGUGGUGGGGAGACGAUGAUUGA